AUGCUGGAUCUGGAGGACGAUUCAUCAAAUUUGAAAUUCGACGUCGCUGCACCCCCAGACUGGGAAUAUGCCCCGGGCGACACCAUCAUUGGCCACCUCAUUCGCCAUGUGCCGACGGUCACACCAGAAGCGACGUUGACAGUGUGGCUGGAAGGGGAAAUGUCCACCGGAAUCGAAGAAUACUCCAAUAACAAGUUCAGCCAAACUGGCAAAUGGAAUCUCGUGGAGCGCGCCGAAGAUAUCAUUUUCAUGGGGCCGCUGGACAUCAGCGAAAAGAACGAAUCAUUCAGCUACCCCUUUUCCAUUCCCAUCCCCUUCAGCCCUCCUGCACGGCCAUGGAAGAGGCUGGAGGGAGUUUUCCUUCCGCAGGAAUCCUACCGCGAUCAUGAUCUACCGCCAUCUUUCUAUUCUUAUGAUCGGGGGGCUCCUCCGCCCAGAGUCAUGUAUUCUAAUAUACCGGGUAUUCCGGCCUCUCAAGCCGUCAUCGAAUAUGCUCUCCAAGCUCGGCUUCAAUAUACCGUGGGCUCGUGCCACAAGGAUCACAGAGCCAGUUUCCCGAUUCGGAUUCGACAGGUGCCGAAUGCUUUCGCUCUAUCGUCCGAGCUCCUGCGACACUCACGUCCCGUGUAUAUCCAGAGCUACCGACUCCUCCCGGGACAGUCUGAAGUCAAGCCCUCGCUGCUAAAACAGACACGGAGGGUCUUCAGCUCUAUGCGAGUGCCCGUACUGGCACUCGACCUUGCGCUGUCAUUACCCGGCGCCAUCCAGCUGGAUUCCAAAGAGCCGAUCCCGAUUGAACUGAGGAUUAUCCCUUUACCGCGAGACUCCCAUCUCCCGGUCGUAGGUGCCGUUCAGAUGGUCCAGGUCACCAGCAUUAAUCGGCAUCUUUUGAUCUCAAACUUCCGAGUUUCGAUGCGCCGCUGGUGA